CCUAGGUUACACGCGAUGGACAAGCCACAAAUAAUAGGACACAUUACGAAGUCUGUUGAUUUCACGCUUUUUGAUUGUAAAUGGGUGCCAGUUAGCACUAAGUUUGUGGUUGUUGGUUCAAAACCUAGAGGUACUGGUGCUGUUCAAAUUUACGAUGUUUCUGCUCAAGACAUAAAACUUGUUUCUGAGAGUGAAAAAAGCAGUUCGUUUAAAUGCUGCACUUUUGGUGCUUCUAUGCUUCCUCAAAGGCAUCUGGCUACGGGAGCAUUUAAUGGCAGAUUAGCAAUAUGGGACGUCGGUGGUGAUUGGCGACUCGACUCUCCAGUUUAUGGUGUUCAAGCUCACAAAGAGAUAAUAAAUGCCAUAGACGGUGUUGGAGGUCUCGGUGUUGGUGAAGGAGCUCCAGAAAUAGCCACUGGUAGUCGAGAUGGUGCAGUCAAGGUAUGGGAUCCAAGACAAGCCAAAUUACCAGUUGCAACUAUGGAACCUGCUUCUUCUAAAAGCGUAGAAGAUUCAGUUAAUGAGAAUAGACGAGACUGUUGGGCUGUUGCCUUCGGUCACGCAUAUAACAAACAUGAUAGAUGUUUAGCUGCGGGUUAUGAUAAUGGUGAUAUUAAAUUGUUUGAUCUAAGAGCUAUGAAAGUCCGCUGGGAAACAAACAUCAAAAAUGGAGUUUGUGGCCUGCAGUUUGAUAGGAAAGACAUAUCUAUGAAUAAGCUGGUUGCAACUACUCUCGAAGGAAAGAUACACGUCUGGGAUAUGCGAACACAGCACCCAAAGAAAGGAUUUGCAUCACUAGUGGAAAAAAAUCAGGGUGCGACUAUUUGGCAAGUCAGUCAUCUGCCUCAACAACGUGACAUAUUCAUGACAGCUGGUGGCAAUGGAUCAUUGUGUUUAUGGCAGUAUCACUAUCCUAGUAAACGUCAAAAGAUAAUAAAAGAAGUAGAUCCAGAAGGGAAAGGUGAUAUUGAAGUUGCUCAAGGCAUAAUUGGUCACUUAACACAACUCCAAAAUUGUACUUUAUCCACUCAACCGAUAUGCAGCUUAGACUGGUGCCCAGAUAAAUUAGGUUUGGCUGUGUGUGUUGCAUUUGACCAAGCAAUCAGAAUCCUUAUUGUUACAAAGCUUAAUAAACUUUGAAGGAAUUAUCUGAAGUCCUUGUAUAGGUUCUGAUACAUAAUAUGUAUAUAUUGAAGAUGA